AGUCAUUUAGCGACACGCUCGACCCUUUAUGUUGAGAUGGAUUUCUAUAUAUACAACCCUUAAGGCUUUAUUUCCCAUAUUUGUUGUCAUUCUUCUAGCGCCACUGACCCAUAUCGAUAUUUUUUUCUGACGCGACUCUUUGUGUUUCUGUCCUGUGAACUGUUAAAUUUUGCAGCGUAAUGUAAAAAAAACAAAGCGCAUGUUCGAUAAAACGUAACAAAUUCGCCGACCAGUCGGCCGCGGGCCUCGAAGCUGUGACGGCGAAGACCCAUCAAUAGGAUCAUAAGGCGGCAGAGGGGGCAACAAGCAGACCGCCCUAUGGAGGCGCAGCUACAACGGGGGGGCGCCAGAAGCCGCAGCGCCAUGCGCAAGGACACGUGCGGCUCCAGAAAGAACCCACGCAGGAGCCACGUUACUGCCAGAUGUAAGAAAAAGAUGGAGUUCGAGUUGGAUUAGCAGGAGAUGAAGCAUAGUACAUCACUCACGUAGACGUCACUACUACAGAAGCAUGGCCAGCAAUAGGACCCCGCUCAACACUGGCGGCCCCGGCGGGGCCGGCGGAAGCAGCAGCUCCUCGUCCGCUGCGCGGGGGCUUGGUCUGAAGCCAUUACCGCCUCCGAAGAACAAGAAGCUGACCAUUGCGCAGAUCGAGCGGCAGACGCAGGGGCUGACCCUGCUUCCGGAAGAGAUCGACCCCGACCCGUUUCUCCUACCAGACAACGACGAGCUGAGGGACGAUUUUUUCCCCGAUCGCGCCAGCCUGCCGCCGCUGCCCGCGGUCCCCGCGCCGGACGAGGAUUUUGAGGCGAUCAACUUCGCCGCGAGUCUGAAGUUUCGGGGUACGGUAUUCUAUGGAAAAACGUCCCCACCCCAUAGUUAAGAUGGGGAAUCAGCAAGACAAAUAUACAAGUUUUGGCUGUUCUGCAUAACAAAUUUGGACGCGUAGUGUAGUGCUGUUUGAGCUAGCUCAGCAGCAUCACAGAUCUAUUAUAUCAUGCUGAUUGGAGCAUGACAAAUUCCGAAACACAGCGACAAAAUGCCUCUCAUGGGGCUCCGCAUGAGAAUCAUUUUCAGCAUGCAGAUUUGCAUUACAACUAUGGGGUGGGGACGUUUUUAAAUACGAUAUACGGCCAGGAUCGUGGAUAACGAGACCAGCUCGGAGGAGGAAUGGUCGGAAGACGAUUCCGAGGUGGAUUCCCGGCUCUUGAUGUCGCCCAGGGUAUUCGAGAAGGUCGUGGAGGGAGACCGGAAUGAUCUGAGUCCCAGUGCACGAAACAACAAAUCGCCGUCUGCUCUUGCGGGGAGCGCGAAGCGGAAAAGCACCGUACUGGCGCAGGAUAGGACUCCUCGACCUGUUGCCGGCGCUGUAGCAAAGGCCAGACCGCCACUGAAGCCGGUCGUUCUUGCGGGGCAGACUGCACUACUGGAUGCGCCGCGAGAAGUUUUCGGCGGUGCGAGUGCUGGUACUCCUCGCAGCAAGGAUGCAGUACUAGGCAAGACAGUGGCUGUUCAGGACGAUGUGCAACUACUCCGAGAAAACCAGGAAAAGUCCCCGCCUCCCGCGGUACUUGUAGAAGGGUCGCUCCUGCCCGAGUCGGCGAAAGUGGAUGUAAGUCCUGCUGCAGUUGCGGAGGAGGACAUGCUUGAUUUUGGCGAAGACGACGAUGGGGACAACGCACCUCUGGCUUGGAUGGACCCAAAUGAGCAGGAAGAAAACCAAAACGUCGCUAACACUCCAAGUAGAAAUAACGACACUGCUGCUCAAGUGGAACACACCAGCGCCAGCGUACAAACCAACACCGCGGGGGCAGACCCGGCUAGAAGUAGUGCCGAUGCAACUUCUUCUGUGCACACCGGUAGCAACAAGCGACCAGCCGAUUUGACUACAGUGAGCGAAGCAGGCGCAGCUGCACUAGGGAAAAAACAAUCCUCAAUCGGCGCUCCCGCCGGCGCGGCGACAGGUGUCGUUUCAGAUGAGCUUGCACCAGGAGCAGGUCCCGCGACAAAAGUGCAGAAAGUCGCUUCGUCUUCGCCAGCCAGCGGUGGUCCAGCAGUCCUCGCGAAUGCUCUGUCUGGCCCAGCAGGAGGUGGUGGUGGACCCGCAGCAGCUGUGCUCUCGUCCACUUCUAACCACGCGAGCGAAAACGAAGCGUCUAGCGCAUCUUCGGGGGAGCAUCAUGCGCAGAAAGUCAAAACAAGAAAACUGAUCGCCGCACCGUACUGGGCAUCUCUCCUGGGCAAAACUUCCGUCGACACCUUCCAGUCCAGCAUGCCGGAGUGGAUCUCGCAACACACCGGCUUGACGCUUGUGAUGCCGAGGCAAAGGCGUGUUCCAAAUAACACGACAAGCAUCCAACAUCUACAUGAUCAAGGUGCAAGAAAUGCUGGACAAAACACAGUCAUACUUGACAUCGGCGCCUCCACUGCCACCACUGCUACUGUUGUUCCACCACCUCCAGCUGCUUCUCCAAAACCAACCACUUCCUCUUCAAAACCGUCGAGACCUGGCGCCGUCGUUCUGGUUCCGAGCACGAAGUACCUUCAGAGCCAACAGCAGGCAAACGAAAAUAACGAGGUAACCAACGAAGCAAGUGGAAAAAUCACGUCGGCGAAGAUUGGUAACAGUAAGAUCAUGCAGCAGCUCCUCAGCACGGCGGACCAGGUGGCGAAAACCGCGUACAACCAGGCGAAAACGGCGCUGGAGCAGUCGGGUGGGAACCUCUCCCUCGCCGUGACCGCCUCUCCGGUGCUGAAGGCGGUGACCCACCAGCCGCAGCCGGUCGGGAAACCCGGCAGUACGCAGCACCACUUGUUGCUAGAGCAGUUGAAAAAGCCGCCGCCCCCGCCCGAAGUGCUCGACCACGUGCAGUGCCUGGCAAAGGAGUGGAAGGACGCUUUUCACUACGCGCUGCAGACGUUCCCCACCGAGAUUUUGAAGCAGCACUACGGGGUCUCGAUUGUCGGGGGGGACCACGAGAUCGAAAAGCAGAUCAAGCGGCAGACAAAGCCCAAACAGCUCUAUCCCCCACCGCUGCUCGGGGCGGCUCAGGUGGCGGCAAACUUGCACUGGGGCCGGGUGAACCGCCAGCUGUUGUUGAGUGCCAACAAGUGGCAGAAAUGCAGCGACGACUACAUCUUGGAGAAGCAACUGCUGGAUGGUAUGGGAGGGGAAUAAUGGACAGGUCAUUUUGAAUAGGUGGCUUUAUUGCAAUGUGAUCCUGAGACACUGACACCCCAUUUGCUUUUACUAUGGUUCCACUGACUGGUAAAAUGAAUGUCGCGCUUCUGCGUAUUAUAGAGUGAGAGUGAAAACAUCAAAAACCUGAAUCUGUACAUUUUCCCCUCCACACCUCGCACGAUCGCCCAGGAGGAGUGGAAGCACAAGGGCGAAAAGGGCGGCAUCCGCGGGCUGCUGGAUACCGUGAAAGCGAAAAGAAACAACGAUCCGAAGAUCUGGGAGCGCGAACUGAUGAUGUCCGAGGGUGGGUGGAAGCCCCCGUCCAACAUCCUGGAGGUGAUGGACCAGCGAGGGAUUGGUUUUGACAACAGUGUCCAGGCCCAGGCCACCCGCUUCGAAAGCCAGAACCUCGGAUGGGAUGACAGCUACCACUACUCCGGCUUCAGCGACCAGAACUACUAUGUGAUCGACAGCAACACGGGCCAAAUCGUCCACGCGAACAGCUACAGUGUUCCCACCGGUAGCACCAGUGGCGGCAAGGACUGGUGGGGCACGACCGGGGCACCGGCACAUGCCAAUAAAUCAAACGAAAGCGCAAGCAAUUUCUACGGCUACGGACCCGCGCCGCCGCCAAAUACGAUGCCGUUCCGACGACCGGAUAGCAGAGGGGCAAACAAUGUUCCAAGCAAGCCGUGGUGGGAGAUGGAUGCAGUUCCGGACGACACAAGCGCCCAGAACAACUUCGUCCAACAACAAAACUACACCCCACACGAUUCCUACGCGUACGGCUCUGGUUGGCAACAGCAGCACCCCAUGGUCGACGACUAUUUGGAAACGCACCGGGCAGAGCAGCAGCACGCGGCGGGAACUGCAUCAGUCGUACUACAACAGCCUUCGGACCCCUAUGGCUACGGGCCUUUGGAGCAGGACAAGCCGAAGCCAGAUCCCGCCCUGCCUGUUGGAGGAGCAAGAUCCUCUUCGGGGAUUGACAGUGUGUGGAACUUCGGCCACCAAUCCAGUGGCAUAGACACAGCGCUGCCCGCCGGCGUGCUGCGACAGAUGGCGUGGGGAGCAGGAGCACCGUCGGUGAAUGUUGAUGGCAAAGCGUCGGUUUUUGUCCCGCCACAGCACCAGGAUCCUGCGGGAAAGGCGUCUGUGUUCGUGCAACAGCAGGGGGGCGUGGCAUCUACCUUUGUCCCGCAGUUCCAGAGUGACGACAAGGGCUCGGUGUGGCCACAGAGCGAUGGGAAAGGUUCUGUUUGGCCAGCACAGAACGAUGGAAAAGGUUCCGUUUGGCCACGGAACGACGGAAAAGGUUCCGUUUGGCCCCAGAAAAACGACGGUAAAGGUUCAGUCUGGCCACAGAAGAACGACGGUAAAGGUUCUGUCUGGCCGCAGAACGACGGUAAGUCUUCAGUCUGGCCGGCGAAGAAUGAUGGCAAGUCUUCAGUUUGGCCGGCGAAGAAUGACGGCUCGAGCUCCGUCUGGCCUCCACAAAAGAGCGAUGGCAAGGCAUCAACUUGGCACCACAACCAAUACCAGCAGAAAGACGGCAAAGGUUCUAUGUGGCCCGCGGCCGCGCAAACCAUGCACCAGAAUGAUAGCAGUGCGUACCAAGCUGGCCACCAGUCUAGCGUGAGCAUCCUGAACACGAUAGGUGAGGUGUUGGACGAGAACGGAAACCCGAUCUCGAACGAAGACCAGCUGCAACAGGAACUCGACCGGGUGCGCAACGAGCAGCUAAAACAGGACCAACCGGUUCUUGGAUUUGCUGCGGAAACCCUGAUGAAGCCCGAUGUUGUGGUUCCGGAAGCGCCAGCGGGGACCACUGGAGGUGCAAACACCAGUGCAGCUCCAGAAGGCGCUGCUGGUCCUGUCUCUGGAGUCGCAACAGCUGGAAAUCUUGGGGCGCCAGCUUCUGUUCAUCAUCAUCAACAUCACCCAGGAGCGAUGUCGCACCUUCCACUCUCUGGCGGUGGGGUGAUGAGCCAACAACUCGGAUUGCUUUCGGCCAACAAGGGCGGCUCGAGCUCCUCCCAACCGAGCCAGCCUUUAUUUAUGCACGGUGCCGCCAGCGCGCCACCGUAUAUGAUGCACCAACAUCAAGGCGGCAAAGCGUCCACCCGCCCGGCCCCGACCCCGUGGCCGGAAGAGGACGAAAACCGGCCGUUGACCAAAGACGAAAAGUGGUGGCAGGAGGCGAAGAAGGGCGGAAAGCGGAAGAUGGGCAUCGCGAUCAAGUCGCAGAAGAAGGACCCCGAGGUGUUUUGGCACGAGGGCCUGCAGAAGUACGCCACGAAGGAAGAGGCGCUGAAGUACAAGGAAGAGUUGGAGGAGGAGCGGGAGCUCGCGCUGAUCCGGGAGAAGAACGAGGCGGAGAUGGCGGUGCUGCGGGGCGCGCUCGAGGAGGCCGGGGACGUGGUGCAUCGCGUACCCCAGGAACUGAUCGACGCCUACGCCAAAAUGGAGCCCAUCGACCAGCCGAAGGUAAGGAAACGGCCCGCGGAGGUCGUGCAGGAAGAGGAAAACAUAAACCUGCGGCAGCAAGAUGUAGAGCGCGAUCAGUUCCUGUCUCCACCCGGAGCAGGUGCUUCAUCGCAAUUCAACUUCCCGCCGCCCGCGCCCAUCGGAGGCACCGAAUCCAGCAUGGGCGGGCCGCUGCUCCCGGAGCCGCUGCCCAUGGGCAACAACGUGCAGGGCGGGUUGAUUCCGCCGGGCAUGUCAGAUGCGAAAGAUACGCUUGUGCUGGAGCUGCCCUCCGCGGGCAGCAUCGGUGUUGACAUCAUCCCGUUGAAGGGGAAGAAUGCGCCCGGGAGGUGGGUCAACUUCACGGACUCUUUCGCGAAAGACAAAGCGAAGGGACUGAAAGGUGGGACGUCGAAUAAGGGGAACAAUAAAGACGAGGCGCCAGAACAAGCAGAAACGAAGUUCAAGCAGUACACGGUCGACGGACGCGAAUUAAAGGAUGUGUACAGUUACACCGGCGGAGAGAGGGUGAUCGCGGGCGACAAGGAAAAUCAGAAGCUAGAACCCUUGAAGGAGGAGUCGGCCCCACCGCGCGAGGUUGAGAAGGAGCCUGCUGAUGUGCAGGACCAGAACUCCACCAGGCGAUCGGUUUCGCCUGAAACAAGCAAGAAUCGCCUCAAACUAGAUGACCGCCGAUCCUCGGUGGGCAGUAGCAACCGCGGCGAGCCGGAGAGACCAGGAGGGCAAAAUGCAACUAAUAACGACGGAAACAACAAGAACGACGCGAGCUCCCCAUCCGAAAACCAGAACAAAACGGUCACGCAAAAAGCCUCGCUGGAGUUCCUGUUGGAAAACGAUCUGCUUUCCGAAGCGGAGAAAGCCGAACUGUUGGCCAAGAAGGGCAAGUCCGCCGCCGACUUGCCAAGUUUGAAGCCGAAGGCGGCUACUGCGGGUUCGCAACCUGCGGCCAGUAGUACAGUGCAACCGGAGCAGGAUGUAUUCUACAAGAGCGGCAAGAGCUACUACACAGACCCUCAUCACGUAGUUGCACCAUCUUCGUUUACUUCUGCGCCGGGACCGUACGGAAAAAUGAAGCCGCCCUUUUCGUCCAAGGGCGGGAAAUUCGGCCCGCCAAAAGGAGGCGCCUUUGGCGACAAGAAGGGGCCGAAACACCAUCAACCGUCGCUGGCGCAGCAGCCGAUGUCGCACGAUGGGAAGUCGUUCAUGGACGUUCUCGCAAAAAUCGGGGGCAAGGACGGGAAGAAGUUCUCCUCUUUUGUAUCCAGCAAGGACCGCGAAUAUUUGGAGAAAGAAGAGGAGCGAAAGAAAAACGAAGAAGCAAAUCUUCCCAAAGGAAGUCCAGCAGAAGGUGGUGCAGCUGGUAAUGCUGCUGUCCUUGUCGAGGAGGGGCUGAAUAACAAAGCGCCAGGAGAUCCCCAGAGUGAUCAAACUCAAGCACAAAAGGUUAAAGAGACCGAAAAGAGCAACCUCCACGAGGAGGACACGAAGGAUGUGGAAUUUGACCCGAUCGCAGGCUCGUUUGUGAACAAGAAGACAGGGGCAGUCGUCACCCGGAAGAAGCUCGUGAAAAACGAAGAGGAGCUGAAACCCCCCUCGCCGGUCGCGCACGUCGUUCCGCCCACGUCGAGCUUGCGAGCGGGUGGUCCAGGAGGAGGAACUACAGCCGGCGGAGGUGCUUCUUUCGGUACUCCUGCCGCAGCUCUGCCUCCGCUGGUUGGAGCGCAGCCUUCCUCAUCGUCUACAUCAUCGAGCUAUGGUGCUACUGCUUCUGUGUACAACCACCACCAGCCGCAUCUUCAUCACGCGGGGAAAGCCACACCUUCAGCCCAUUUGGUUCCAGCAUCGACUUUCGCCACGGGCAUUGGCAGCACGUACAGUAGUUCCGCUGCGCCGGGAGGUGUCCAGUCGGCCUUGCAAGUCGGGGUGUCUAGUUACGCACCACAAGCUGGCGGACCUACUAACGCGCAACAGUCGUAUAAUCCUGCCCCAGGUCAUCACUCCACAGUCGUUGUGCAACCUCACCAUCAUCAACCUGCGCUACAGCAGCCUGUGCUGACACCCGGAGCAGGGCCGGGACAUCAGUCCACAAUAAUACACCAGCCUGCCCCGCACCAUUAUGGUGCAGCACAAGCACAACCUCCCGGACAGCAAGGGUAUCACUCAACUUUGCCGCCGUCCCACCACAGCAGUGCCGGCCACCAGUCCGUCGCACCCUCCGUGCACCCGCCGCCGCAGCCAGGUCACCAUUCCGUCGUGGUUCCGCCAAGUGGUAUAGCAAGCUCUACCUACUCGCACUUCAACCAGGGCCCGCCUGGUGCUCCGCCCCACGCCCCUCCGCCCGAGCCGCCACAAUUCCAGCACACGCAGACGCAGCACACCCAGCAGUUUGAGUAUUACAAAACGCAAGAAUACUGGCGUGGGAGCGACUACCGGGAAACGUGGACCACCACGACGACCAAGGUGCCGCAAGGCUGGGACGAGCACGUCCGCACGGAUAACAGUCCGGACAAGAACAAUGGCUUUGUGCAGCUGCAGCCGGCCAUCGGAUACAACAAUGUUGGCGAGUAUGGUGAGAAAAGUGCACCAGCUCCUGGUGCAGGAGGUUAUGGCUCGUUUAGCAGUGCCCCGUCUGGGACUGGCUCUUUCUACAGUGGCGGAGGACAACAGCAACAGCCGUACAGCUCUUCCGCCAGUGCGGGCGCGGCUGGACCAGGAUCAUACUACCAGCCAGGAGACCAUGCCGGAGGACCUGGUGGUGUCUCCUCGUAUUAUGAUCCUCAACAGCAACAUCCGCAGGUCGCGUACGGUGCAGGAACGUCUUCCACCUACAGUACUGCACCAGAUCAGUAUAGUAGCGCAGGCCAGCAGCAUCAGUACGGAGGGUCGUCUGCCUCGUCCUCGGCACCCCCUUACGGGGUUGUGCAUCACCAGCAGUCGCCAAACCCCACUGCUGCGCACCAGCCACACUACCACCAGAGCAACAAUCCGUACGGUGGAGGAGGUGCGCCAGGAGCGCCGGCGGCCAGCAGUACUUCAUCGACAGGUGGUUACGAGCAGCAACAGCAUCACCACCAGGACCCGUACAGUCACCAUGAACAAACCGGGUAUGUUGAUUCAUCGCAAUAUCUCCACGGAGACCCGAGUUUCGCAGGCCUUGGAGUGGACGCCGACUACCGAAAACCUUCAAGUUCGAACAGAAGUCGUUAUCUCCCGUACAAUCGGCAAGGAGCGCCUGGUGCUGGAGGGCAACCUAGUAGUACUGCGCCCACAUCCUCUUACGUGGUGCACAAUGCUGGAGGCGGUAUCGCCUCUGCGCCGCCCGGUGUCGUAUCCGUCGCAGGCAGUGGCAUCGCUUCCGCGGCCCCCGUGGGUGCAUCGGGAGUGGCGUCGACCAUUGUGUAUCACCAGUAUCAGCAACCAGCAGCACACCCGGGGGCAGGCGGACCAACAUUUGCAUCCUCUCCUGCUAAUCCAGCACAGCACCAACAGCAUAACCCAUAUGGAGGUGGUGCUGCAAAAGGCAAAGACAGCCAGCAGGCGCAGCAACACUACGCAACUACGGGCAUCUAUGGGGGUGUCGGCAGUGCGCCGCCGCCGGUGCAUUACGACUACUUUCAGUGAAAAUGUACUGGGAAGCGGUAGGAAACUGAAAGAUGGAGUUGGAGGUUGCGGCAAGGCCCCGUCUCGGCCCCCCGAUGCAGCUGCAAAACGCUACCCCUCUUCUACUAUACGACUUACACUUUGAACGCGACAUAGACAUUCACUUUCUUGGCACAAAUAUUGAUUCACCCGCGAACGAGCACUGUACAUAUCGACGAUAAGCCAGGACAUAAUUCUAAGCGAUGCAGUUCAAAU